AUGGAUGGUUUCCCUGGAGGAAAUAUGGAGGGUGAAAGAAACUACGAGGGCGCCAUUCAGAUCAUCAAUGCACGUAGACGGGCCAAGAGACCGCUGGAGACAAACGCAGGCUCUAAUGGAAUCAAAUCGAAAUCUGCUGCCAAUCCUACGCCUGACGCAAGAGGCACGCCUGGUAUCGAGGGAAUGUCAUCCUGGCUUCAAGCUCUUGGGCACUCACAAGAGGACAUCAAUCGCCUCAAUGUCAUCCACGUCGCAGGAACGAAGGGUAAGGGGAGUACGUGUGCCUUCACCGAGACAUUUCUUCGAGCCCAUGGCCAGCGGACAGGCUUUCCAAAGAAGACUGGGCUGUACACAUCGCCUCACUUGAUUGUGCCAGAAGAGAGGAUACGCAUUGAUGCAAGACCUUUAGAAGCGACCUUGUUUGCCAAGUACUUCUUCGAGAUGUGCGAGCGACUACCACAGAUAAGGGAUGAGUUCGACCCUUCUAAAGAGGUCGUCCAACGUGGGCCUCGAUACCUGCAGCUGUUUGCUUUACUGGCCUUCCAUACCUUCAUACGUGAGGGUGUAGACGUCGCCAUAUUCGAGACCCACUGUGGCGGGGAAUAUGAUGCCACGAACAUCGGGCAGCGACCCGUUGUGACGGCUGUCACCACACUCGGGAUGGACCACAUAGACAUGCUAGGUCCUACAAUUAAGAACAUAGCAUGGCACAAGGGCGGCAUAUACAAAGCGGGUGCUGUGGCUCUCUCGGCGCCGCAAGAUCCUCCUCCAGCCGAAGUGCUCAAGCAGAGGAGCGAAGAGAAAGGGGAACAGAUUCGAUUCGUGGAAAUCGAUCAGAGGCUUCCUCAAAACUCAUUGACAUUGAGACCUGAAGUCCAGAUGAUCAACGCUUCUGUAGCUGCAACGGCAGCUCAAGCCUUUCUCGAUCGGUGUGCACCUGAACAGUGCAAACGCUUGACCGAAGCAGACCUUAAGGCUGGCGUAGAACAGUUCUCUUGGCCGGGCCGCUUCCAGAUCCUGUCUGAGCAGCAAUGGAUGUGGUAUCUCGAUGCCGCUCACAACGAUAUGAGCGUGAAAAUUGCAGCCAAAUGGUUUGCAGAAAUCUGCGGAGAUGCGCGCACCUACGACGAGUCGGACGCUAAGAAGAGCCAUCAGUCACCUGAGAGACCUGAGCUCUUUCGUGAGGCAUGGCAGAAGAUCAACCCUGACGGCAAAAUCUGGAGCGAGCCUACCAUCCAAGGAGCUGUCAAACUUGCGAGGCAGUUGGGUCCAGAUGGCAUGCACACGCUCAUUACAGGCAGUCAGCAUUUGGUUGGACCGUCACUGAGGAUAUUGAAUUGGAGUUCAAAGAUGUCGACAUGA